CCGGGUGUUUUUUCAGUUCGUAUGGAUUGUCGGUAUAGUUUGUCAUUUUUGUCCACCAUGUUCGUACUGUUUGUAUGUCUAAAAAACACCCGGGUUGGCUUUGGGAAGGAGCCCCUCUAUAUAGGGAUGGAGCCUCCAAAGUCAACUCAGGUGUUUUUUCAGUUCGUAUGGAUUGUCGGUAUAGUUUGUCAUUUUUGUCCACCAUGUUCGUACUGUUUGUAUGUCUAAAAAACACCCGGGUUGACUUUGGGAAGGAGCCUCUCUAUAUAGAGAUGGAGCCUCCAAAGUCAACCCGGAUGUUUUUUCAGUUCGUAUGGAUUGUCGGUAUAGUUUGUCAUUUUUGUCCACCAUGUUCGUACUGUUUGUAUGUCGCGGUAAUAUUUGAUCUCGCGGUAAAUGUGAAACCGUACGUACAACAUGCAAGAAAGAAAACAUUGCCCUAGCGCCCACAUCCUUCCAUUUCCUCCCACCUCUCUUUUACUAGAUUCCUAGCCAAAUUCCUUAACCCUAAAUGAAACACCAAUUCAUUGCACCAAAUCUUGGUAUUACCAUAAGGCAAUCAUAUAACGCCUUUUUUCCACCGGCCGGCCGUACUCCUCGAGAAUCUUAUUAUCCUCUUUCCAUCCUCUCCAAUCCCAACCCAAAUUCUAUCCAACUUUUCUUUAACCCUUUUUUCCUCGUCUUAUUGGUUAAGCGUAUUGAAUACUUUCCCUUUCCCUAUAUAUAGGCUCCACUUCCCCUCCCCGGUUCCACACAAACCAAAUUCAACCGAUUCACAAGUCCACUAUUUUAUUCACUGUUCCAUUGCCUACUCUUCAUCCUUCUCAAAAAGAAAUGGAGCGAGUGUUCCAAUUGGCAGCGGAGAGGCCGGUGGUGGUGUUCAGCAAGAGCACUUGCUGCAUGUGCCACACCAUCAAGACCUUGUUCUUCGACUUUGGUGUCAACCCCACCGUCUACGAGCUCGACCAGGUCCCCGGUGGCCGGGAGAUCGAGCAGGCCUUGGCUCGACACGGUGUUGCCGGUGACUUUCCUGUGGUGUUCAUCGGCGGGAACCUUGUCGGCGGUGCCAAUGAGAUCAUGACCCUUCAUCUCAAUGGUUCCUUGUCUGCCAUGCUCAAACGGGCCGGCGCUCUGUGGCUCUGAUCAAGUCGAUCAUCACAUGGGUCGAAAUUUUGGCUAACUUUACUAUAUAUACUAUGGAGUACUCUCUUCUUUUCCUUCUUCUUAAUUAGUCAUGGUCAUAAUUAUGAUGGUAAUGAUCAUAAAAACCUCUGCUUUUUUGGCUAAGUAUCAGAGGGUACUAAAAAAAUGUCUACUUAUGGGGAUUUCACGCUUAGGCUUUGCGGUACUUUAUGAUGUAAUUGAUGACUAAAAGUGACGAAUCUCCUACUUUUUGUAAUACCUCUAUAUAUUUCUACUACGUACUAAUGUAUAAUAAAGUUAUGAUAUGAGAUGCUUUUAUAAUUUCUUGUGCCUGUCCAUGUGAAUUCUUUGAUUGAUCAAACAGCUACGUACAAGUGUACAACUAGCUAGUUAAUUAGCAAAUUCAAAUCGGAUACAAACAAAGUGCAGUAAGUAUCAGUUCCAAUUUAUAUUAGGGUAUAGUAUUAUACUCCAAACUCGAUUGAUUUAAUUCAUGUCUCCAUAGAAACAUCUCACUAGAAAUAUCAAGAGUGUCGUAUACUCGUAUCCACCUAUGAGAGGUCCAAUAUUAGAUAAAAUAAUAUAAAUCAUCAAUUUAACAUGUGAUACGUACAUUUUUUAUCCUCCAUUAGUUUAAGUGCUAACCCAUUCGACUGCCGCACAAUUUCGUACGUGGAACGUAAUUCAAGUAGCAGAAGAACAUGCAGAGCGACCCUCGAAUGAGUUAAUAAUCUGGCCCUUGGCCUCCGGUUGGGGCUGUUUUCAUAUCAUAAACAGUAAGAAUAUAACAUAUUCGUGGCGAAAUCUCAGAGGCUGAAAACUACGACCGAUCCUUGUCGAUGACGAAUAAUAUAUGUCCACUCCUCUACGUACGUAUAUAUUGUGGGAGAUCGAAUGGAUACGUGCAUUCUCUCUCUGUGUAAGAGAGGGAAUCGAAUCGGGGAAAGAAAGAAAGAAGGCAGCAAUAAGAGGACUAGAAAGAAAGUGGCAGUGUGUUCUUCAGACUACGAUAAAUACAUACAUACUUCUAGAUUUUUCGUCAACGAUCUUAAUUGGUUGUUUAUACGUACGCGUGUAUUGUAAUAAUGCAUGUUUAUACGUAGUGAGGAAUCAAUCAUAACGCGAGAAAGAAUGCAUGUUGGAGAAUGGAGACCUACCUAGCUUUCAUCUCUCCUGCGAAAUUCCAUGUUCGAGACGCACUGAUCUCCUGCCAUAUAUGGUUGGCUUAGCUCAUCGCAAAAAAAAAAAACAGACAAUGGAGAAUUGGAGAUGGUCCAUGCAUGCAUACGUUGCUUGCAUCUCUCUCUUUGUAACUAUAUUCUAUAUUCACCUACAUAGCUACAAAUGCGGCCUUAGUUAGUUCUGUCAAGAACCAGUUGAUCUCGAUAACUCGAGUUGUUGAGAGAGGUUUGAUAGUGAAUUAUAUAUCAUUUACUAUCACAUGCACUAAUGGCGUAGCCAGACUUUGAAUGGGUUGUGGUCCUUAAAAAUUUUGAGUUGAUUGAGGUCGCAUGAGGCAGAAUCAGCAAAAGUAUGGGGUAUAUUUCAAGUAUCGGCUAAAACACAUAUAUUUAAAGGGUUUUGGUACCCAAUUUUUUGCUAAAUGGUGUCCAAGGACCCCUCUCCUCAAGGUCUCCCUCUACCACUACUGUAUCACACCCCCUCAAACUAAAGGCACCAUAUAUGGGCUUGAAGUUUGCACAUGUCCAGACAUCAUGUGCUUAACAGAAACAGAUGUGGUCAUUGGGAUUCGAAACAGAUGACCUCUCGAUCACAGUAGGCUCUGAUAUCAUGUCAAGAACCAGUUGAUUUCAAUAACUCGAGUUGUUGGAAGAUGUUUCAUAGUGAAUACUAUACCAUUUACUAAACUAGCACAGGGCCCGACCCGUUGGCCGGAAGAAUUUUGUCGAGGAAUAUGCUACAUAAUAAUUAAUAAUGGAUAUAGUAGAUGAUUUGAAUUGCAUGAAAUUAUUGUCUUCUACCUUAGUUAUGCAUAUAAUAUUUUUGAAAGUGAUCCAACUAUGCAUAAUGUGUUUAGACCUCCAUGAAAAGAGAACAAAAAUAUAAUAUAAGCAUUACACAUAAUUAUUGAAUGGAAAAAAUAAAUAUAACUAAUUGUCAUUCAUUACUUAAUUAAACCAUAUAGUUGAAUAUUAGAGUUGUUUCUCAUAAUACAUACAUAAUCAACCUUUAGGAUGAAAGAAAAUGUCUCAUAGAGUUUAGUAUGUCCUUUAAGUUUUUCCCAAUACAGAGCAUUCUUUUUUACCACACUAUUGGUAAUGAAUCAGAAGUUGCUUGAUUUGAAAUAUAUCGGACAUGAUGCGGCUAAACUGUCGCUAAUAGUUAGUUGGACAAUGUGUUGUGUAUGGACUUCCCAAAUUAUUCUCAGAUUGCAGACAUGUCUAGCAACAAUGUAGUAAUUUUCAUGCAGCAAAUAUUUUUUCAUGAAAUAAUUCAAUAAAUAAAAGAGUAUGAAAAUAAUAUUACAUGAAAUAUAUGUUACUCAUUAAGUUGAUGAAUGAGCGAGGGUAUGAGUAACGUACAUUUAUUUUAAACAGAUAGAAGUUGCAAAGUGUCUUUUGGGUUGCAUGAGAUCGCAUAUUCUCAUUAUCCCUAUUUGACUUAUGCUUUUUUGCAAUAAAUAGUUCAAAAUGUGCCUUAAAACUUUUAUUUCCACGAGUGUAAAAGAAUUGUAUGUACCAAAGGAUUGUAAAACCGUAUCGAAAAAGUUGGUAUUAGAGUAUUUUAUACUGAAGUCAUAAUUUAACUAUGGUUCAACCGUUUCAUAUUACUAUAUGCGGUUACAGAAGGUUCUGAUACCAUGUCAAGAACCAAUUAAUUUUAAUCAUUCGAGUUGUUGGAAGAGGUUUCGUAGUGAAUACUAUACCAUUUACUAAAUGCGGUUGUGGCUUGGGAUGCAAAUGAAUCGAGCUGCUCGCGAGCGUCUCGGCGUUCGACUCGAGAAAAGCUCGUUCGAAUCUCGACUCGUUAAUAAAUGAGCCGAACACGAGCUCACCUUUGUUCAACUCGUGAAGCUCGCGAGCUAGCUCAACUCGGUUGCUUGUUGAGCUAAACUCGUGAGCUGACUCGUUUAGAGCUCAUGAUGUCUUAACAUGUGGGUAGAGAGCCAACUCGAUUACCAACUUAUGGACGAAUCAAUCUAUAUCUUAUGAUUUUAAUUCAUAUGGUUGUUAAAUUAUAUAUAUCACCAUAUAUAAAGUUUAAUACGUUGA